AUGGUUACCUGGAUCACUGUUAAGAAGGAUACGCUUGCAAGUAGGCACCUGUCCAUUUCGGGUGACAUGAUUGUGCGGCGAUCACGCUGUGCGUUUGGAAAUUUUGGAUUCCCUGAGAAUUUGCUGGUGGCCGAGGAUGUGGAUCGCGUUAAUUUCGAUGAAGCUAUGUUACCAGAGGAUAGUUGGGAAGGCGAUCUAGAAAUCAGCGAGUACGAAGGGGAAUGGAUUAUGGAGGGUUAUGACGCGCCGUCAUGGGUAGAUGAAGCAGACUUAAGCUGUGGCGCCUUGUUGCAAUAUUUUGAUCUCGAUCGAGUGCGUCGGGAUCGGUUUGAAGUGAUGCAGUCGCAUGAAAAAGAAGACACGGAAUAG